CCAUCUCAUGUAAUAAACAAAAAUUGAGCUUAUUAAUUAUAAUUGAGAAGAAAAAAAAUCAUGCCUAGAGAUCCUUUAAUAGUUUCUGGAGUUGUUGGAGAUGUUGUUGAUCCAUUCACAAGAUGUGUAGACUUUGGUGUGGUUUACAACAAUAGGGUGGUCUAUAAUGGAUGUUCCUUGAGGCCUUCACAAGUUGUCAAUCAACCUAGGGUUGACAUUGAUGGAGACGAUCUUCGUACUUUUUACACUCUGAUUAUGGUGGAUCCUGAUGCUCCAAACCCUAGCAACCCAAACCUGAGGGAAUAUUUGCACUGGUUGGUCACAGAUAUCCCAGCAGCCACAGGAGCAACCUUUGGCAAUGAAGUCGUGGGCUACGAGAGCCCACGACCCUCAAUGGGAAUCCAUCGUUAUAUUUUCGUGUUGUAUCGACAAUUGGGCUGCGAUGCCAUCGAUGCACCGGACAUAAUCGAUUCUAGACAAAAUUUCAACACAAGAGACUUUGCUAGGUUUCACAAUCUAGGUUUGCCUGUUGCUGCUGUUUACUUCAAUUGCAAUAGGGAAGGUGGUACCGGUGGUCGUCGCCUAUAAAUCACCCCCCUCUCCUCGGGGUGCGAUCCGUUCUCGAACUCUGUGUCAAUGUCAGAUGUUUUGUGUAACGGAUUUUUUGUUUGAUAGUCACUCAGCUAAAUUGCUUAUUAACUCAGAAAGUCAUUUUUCUUUUUAUCGAAGAAAAUUGAAAUUAUGAGAUAAUAGCUAUUAUAGUUGAGUGAUAAUCUGAAAAAAAAAAUCAACCAUAAUAUAUAUUAUAUAUUAUAUAUAUACCCAAAAAAUAAAAGUCU